CACAACUACACCUGCUCCAACAACAACCCCAGCUGCCACAACUGCAACCACAGCUGUAAUAGUUACUUUUCAAAUCUAUGGUGUUUCAGCAGUUAUUAUAGAACCAUUUAAUGAUUCACUCAAAGAUCCUAACAGCAAACUGUUCCAAGAUCUUGCUAAAAGAGUGUGUGCCACGUAUGAUGCCAUAUAYCGUCCAAAAUACCCUCAAACCUACAUGGGUUGUUUUGCCCUUUCAUUCAGUCCAGUCCAAAUACGAUUGAUGGGUACUGAAGUAAAUGUGACCAUAACAUUUAAUCRAACCACACCARCCGCCCAAAUCCCAACAGCUGCAGAAGUUCAACAAACCUUAGUAGAUGCUGUGACUAAURCCAAUGCCACCUACAAUGUUACAUUCCAGCCUGGCUCCAUCAAAGUUGAAGUUCUGCUUGUAACAACAACUGUAGCCCCCACCUCAAUUGUUACAGUUUCUGGAAAUACAACAUUAGGUGUUACAGCUACGACACCUGCAAGUGCAACCACUAAUGCUGCCAUUGUUACUACUCAUGCAAUCAGUCAUGCAACCAAUGCUUUGACCACAGCUUCAUCUGCAACAAAUGUAGCUCCUACUGCUGAGGAAAUAACAAUAAAGCAGGUGAGGUUUACAUCUCCUGGAGAGACGUGCACAACUGAUUUGGGGAAUCCAUCAUCUACAGCGUUCAAAAAUCGCUCUGCAAUUAUAAAGUCAGAGCUCGAGCCAUACUACCGACGGCCAUUUACUACAUUCCGCUCCUUGGAUGUGAUUAUGUACAGCAAUGGAUCAAUCAUCAACAUUAUGGAUCUACGGUUUGCCUCAACAUUUGUUCCUAAUAACACUGAAAUUGSAAAAGUCUUGGCUGAAGCAGCUCGGAACAUCACGGCCUUCAAAAUUGAUCCAAACACUAUUUAUGUGGAUGGCAUACAAUACUCAAGUGGAGUAAACCUCAAGAUGAGCCUCAUCACAGCGUUCUGCAUGGUGCUGUUGUCAUGG